AUGGGUAGAAUUUAUGCUUUGAAUAUAUGGGGUUAUAGACAUUCGAAAGAGCUGAAUUCACGUGUGUAUGGUCUUUAUAGUCUAUUACCGGUUGCCAACAUCCCGCUGGUAUCAUACACGCUUGAAUGGCUUGCCUCGUCCGGAUGCAUUUCCAGCAUCAUCUUGGCUGGGACCGUUGAUUCAAUAUCUCCUCUUCUGGCAGCCAUCAACACCUCAUGUUCAUCGCUUGGAGACCAGUUGAGAGACAUCGAUGCAGCUGGAAUUGUUACGGGCGAUUUUUUGCUUUUGCGCAGCGGCGCCUUGGAUUAUCUUUCAAAUUCACCUCUUCUUCCGAUGUUGGAGCUGCACCGCAGCCGGAGAAAAUCGGCAAGCUCCAUCAUGACCACGCUAUUGAGGCGGCUUCCUCCGUCGCAUCAUGCAAGAAAUGCAAGAGAUGCCUCCAUUUAUGUUAUCGAUGGCGAAAGACUGGUUUCAAUGCACUCGAUAGAUCCCAAAAUGGAGGUGCUGGCCCUGUUCACAGAAAAUUUCGACUACCAAGAUAUAAAGGUCGACUUUUUCCAGGGAAUCUCAGCCAGUGAUAUUCUUUCCUAUGAAUUCUCAGUUUCUAUCCUUGGCGAGCAAGCUAGCCCUAAAGGUAAUGCUGGCUCUGGUAGCAUCAAUGGAUCCUAUUUUUCCGUGGUCAAUUCGACCUUUGCUUUUAUGGCUGCAAGCAGAGAUAUUCUGCAAAGAUGGUGCUAUCCGUUGGUUCCAGAUAUUCCAAUGUCUUCUCUGCUGCAUAAGGUUAUAUCACCAGCCAUGGGUACUUCCACAUCUCCCACCAUAAAAGGCGCAAAAGGCUCUUCAACCAAGACAAUCUGUCAUGGCCAGGGCGUAAAAUUAAGACGCUAUGGCACUUGCAUUGCGUAUGUUGGGGAGAAAGUCACCAUGGGAACCGGGGUGCGUUUUGAAGGCCAUGUACUGAUUGGGUCGAAUUCGGUAAUCGGCUCCGGGGUCGUUCUAAUUGACUGUGUAAUUGGUGCUAGAACGAUCCUCGACGCAAACGCUUCUGUAAAAAAUUCGAUCCUUUUCUCAUCAGAUGAUGCAAGUUGCCGUAUAGGCACGAAUGCCUCAAUCCAGGGCUCUUUGCUUGCGCCUGGAACCGUCGUUGCAGAUGGUGUUCGGACAAGAAUAGGAACCAUUCUGGGUACCUGGACAGGUCUAUGCCCAAUAUAUUUGGAGACUGAUCUUGAUCCAACUUGCUUGAGAUGGGUAUCCUCUAAGCUCCUUUCCAUUGGAUCAAAGACGGAAACAGACAGAAAUACUCAUCGGCCGAACCAGCCUUCAGUCUUUAUGUUUAUAUCUUCAGAUGAGGAGGAGGCUCACCAUUUUACGCCACCUACUUCUUUAGUGCCCUGGAGUGUAGCUUUAGGCAAUCGUCUUCGAUUUGCGUUUAAAAAGAAAAAAUUUGCAAGCCCUUUCCCUGCUCGACCUGAAUCGGAGAAUGAAGACAGUCAUGAACGCGGGGAAUCAGAUAGUGAUGAUGACAAUGAAGACGCUGAUAUGAAAGAAAAUAUUAAUGACCUUAGGGAUGUAGAAAUAGAAUUAUCCAAGUCCGCUUUUUUCAAAACCAACGACAAUUGGCUCACUCUGAACGAGCCCAUGUUUUUUUCCACUAAAAAGACACCGUGGGUCGAGGACGUCCAUGCAAGUCCUGAUCCGACACAAUCACCAGAUUCAUUAACAUCUCUGAAGAACAAACAGAGCAUAUCGCUUUCUGGCCUUUCUGGCCUUUCUGGACUCGAGACUGCAUCUGCUUCAAUGAGCCAAACAUCAAAAAUGCCACCCGUGGUGCAUACUCCCUCUGCUUCAAGUCAUCCACAAUUUGCGACAGAAAUCGUAGAGACUCUAAAGCAUGCUUUGGACUAUGUUGCAGAAGUGGAUAGCAGCCCAUCAUCGCCAAUGGGCUCUUCGCCAACAUCGGCAGAUCUUCAGGCCUUUGUGGAGAACACUUGUGUCGAAAUUAACGCCCUGAAAUUUGCAUUCAAUGCAAAUUUUCUUGAGGUGUUGGAGUGUUGGUUACCGUUGUUUUCCAAAAUCUGCCACGGGUCAAGUGCCCAGAGUGAAAUACUAACCCUACUUUUGGACACAUGUGUUGGAUGCAAGACAGGGAUCGCCGAUUUUCGUUGGAUCGUAUCGCAUAUGUAUCAGCUAGAUAUCUUGGAAGAGGAUGAUAUCCUCAAAUGGUGGGAAAAUGCCACUUCGGCAGAGCUCUCCGCUGACCUCAGGACACAUGAGUAUUCGUCAAUCCUAUUUUCGCUAUCCUCCUUCAUAGAAUGGCUUGAAGAAGAAGAUGACAGCGAUCAUUCCUAA